AUGGACAAGAUCGACCAAGGCUCAUUUCGGGGACUGCAAGCGGAGCUCAGUAUGAUGAACGCCGUUUACCUACUCGAAGAGGCGAAGGCUGACAAACCUGAACCCACAAUAGUGGACUGUUCCCACGGCUUCUCCACAAAGGAUACUGCCGAUCUGUCCGAGUCAGUCAGUCUAGGGCCCGGCAGGACGCCUCCCGCGCUCCUCGGGGAGGACACGCCUGCACUUGCUGCUUCCAGAACGGGACAUCGGAAAAAUGCCGGUUAUACCGGGCUUACUGCUUUCCUGCUUACUACUUCCUACUUCACUACUUCACGCGAGCUGAAGAGUCGUGGCAAACACGCCAGACAGCAGAAACUGCUGGAUCGCCGUUCACCAGCAUCCAGAUCUCGCGCCGUUGCGUUUCGACUAUGGACGGUCACAUCGGCUUUCGCCUUUCGGGGCCAUUGGGAGGGUGCGGGUUCAGUUUCUUCACGUAGCGUACUAGGACAGUCUGAAAUACGCGAUCAUCUAGAAUCUGCGCAAAAGUGGAGUUAUGCAGUUAUUAUGCAUUUGCCUGUCGGGGUUAGUUCGAACUCCAGUAUGGGAGAAUGGGGAUGA